GUUGUUCAGAACGUUGUAUAUCCAUUAAGCACAACUUUGUGGUGGAAAAUAAAGAGCCAGUGACGUCGGUAGAUAUUCGUGUAUGGUGUUCCAAAUAAAACCGUAAUGCGCCCUGUUCCCUCCAGAGAACACACUUCAAGUGCUAUCCCCCUUCGGAGUGAGCGGGGUAUAGUGAUGCUCACUUUGGAAUGGAAUUGACUCAUUAUGAAAGCUGUUCAGCGUUGAGCCUGCUGCUAUGCGCACGCGAGAGAAUGAAUGGGUUGGAUAGGAUGAAGACGCGCAGCCCGCGUGGGAACGGCACGGGUUAGAAGCAAGACUUCUUACAAUUGUCGUCACAUUCCGCUCGCAGUACAACAUUUAUCCGCACGCGCGCAAAAUCCGAACGUCGAUUUCUCUUAUCUGCGCGCAGUAACGCCUCCUCGCUGUCAUGUAGGGGCUUCAUGUGAACGCAUUACUCUUGACCGAUGGGACGCAAACAGAGGGUCACUCUCUGUGUGAGGAAGCAACGUGAAGAGGGACCGUCGUGUUUACAAGGAACGAAUCGUUUUGGAGAAGAAUCAGAGCAAAUAGUGACGGUACUCUCCAAAAAGUUGAAUUCCAGCCGCAGGGGAGCAGGUCGAAACGCUUAUCAUAUCUAACAGGGGACACUGACUGAGUGUUGCGCGUGACUUUGAUCGCGCCUGAAUAAACACCUGCCUCCAAGGACCUUAAGAACUCAAACCUGACAGAAGAUUAUUUACCGAGGAUUAAGCGUCCAUUUGCAUCACAAAAUAAUAAGGAUAUAUCCUCAUGUAUUAAUUCUAACUAAUCUGGAACUAGGUGAAAAUGAGACGGCGGUUGAAAUACGCGCAGAAUUCACCCGUUUAUUUCCAGUUCUAAGCGCUGCCCCGAUCAUCCUUUGGGUGCAUAUCUGUUGUUUUUCAAACAGAGGUCUGUCACCCCGGAGCGGAGCAUCCGGACAGCUGCAUCUGGAGCAAAGGAACUCUGUGCUGUUUGAAGGUUUCUGCAGAAAAGCAUUGGAGCAAUGAGUCGCAUCCUCCAUCCACAGGUGUUGACCAUCUGGAUUACGCUAAUCUCCAGGGCAACAGCUGACCUGACCUGCGACGCUCUGCUCCUGCUCUCCACAAAUCUUACAGCUCGCACUUUGAUUUUGUGGAAUCAGACGUCUAGUCCCACCAAUUCUACAGGCUUGUUCUGUAACACUUCGAUUGAUGGCAUUGGGACAUGUUGGCCCAGGAGCAGUGCUGGAGAAGUGGUGUCCCGUCCCUGUCCAGAGACCUUCCUCGGAGUCCGUUACAACACAACCAAUAACGUGUACAGAGAAUGCCUUGCCUUGAUGCUUGUGCAACUGAUGCUUGUUCAACCGGGCGAGCUCAUCGACGCCCUCCAUAUCAAUCUCCUCAGAGAAAGUCAGGCAGAGCAUCGCGCCCUCUCCCCGGAGAAGUACCGCAGCGUGGGCUUUCGAAACUCCAAGAACGGGCGGCGGAUCUGGUGGUUGAGGAAGAAGAUAGGGACUCACCCGUCUACAUUCCUUCCAUCGGCGAAAGCGGGGCUAGCACCACGAGAAACGCCAGUGAAGGCUCCCUCCUCAAAGAGAGCCUUUUGA